GACGUUCCGGGCUCCAACCCAAACACUGCUGCGUGGAAGUGUCGAUCGCCGAGUCAUGGAUAGCGGCGGUCAACAAGGGCGGUCACUUCAGCGGCGUCAGUGUGCACAGUCAUCUGGAGCUGUUGGCGCCCCGUGUAACGUCGCUCAGACACAGAUGGCAGCCGCGGCAACGCUGCGUUAGCGACACAGCUGCGUGUAGCCGAGCUAGCGGAGCUAACGGCUAGCGGGUGUUAGCAGGCGUAGCUUCGCGUGAGUUCAACUUGACAGCGGUAUCAGCUGCAGCCAUGGUGUUCAUCCAGAGCUACUGCGAGUCCAACGCCUCCAUCUCCCACACCUGGGUGGACGACGGCAUCGCCCCCUGCUUCUUCUUCACGCUGGUGCCCACCACCCUGCUCGCCAUGUGCUUCUUCCUCGGCGCCCUCCACUGCGUCUUCUACCAGAAGUUCGGCACGGCCAUGGAGCCCAAGUUCGUGCCCCGCACGCGCCUCUAUGGCUUCCAGCAGCUCGUCUCCGUCCUGCUCCUGGUCCAGUUCGCGAGCGGGGCCGUGUGGCGAGCUGCCAGCGGAGGGGAGCUGCCCGGCUAUGUGGUGCUGUACGGCUGCUUCUCAGCGCUGAGCUGGGCCUGCGCCAUAGGCCUCCUCAGGGUGGAGAGACGGAGGGUCCUAGUGAUGGACCGGACGAGGGGCCACAGCGCGGUGCUGCUGCUGUUCUGGGCCGUGGCAUUCGCCGCUGAGAACCUGGCGUUCGUCUCCUGGUACAGUCCUCACUGGUGGUGGAGUUUGGAGAACAACCAGCAGCAGGUGCUGUUCGCCCUGUGGCUGAUGCGCUACAUCGGCACCGGGCUGCUCUUCUUCAUUGGUCUCAAAGCCCCCGGGUUGCCACGGAAACCAUACAUGCUCCUCAUCAACGAAGAUGAGCGGGAUGUGGAGAACAGUGGACAGAGUCUGCUGGGCAGCGCUGAAGAGAACCAGUCUACCUGGACCGGUUUCAGACAGAAGGUCCGUCUGCUUAUUCCCUAUAUAUGGCCACAAGGCAACCUCCCUCUCCAGCUGCUGGUGCUCUUCUGUUUGGGACUAGUCGGAGUCGAGAGGGCUAUUAAUGUGUUUGUACCUAUUUACUACAAGAACAUUGUGAAUGAGCUGACUGACGGCAGCAGCUGGCACACGCUGGCCACCACCGUGUCUGUGUACGUGCUGCUCAAGUUCCUGCAGGGUGGAGGCGCAGGUGCCUCGGGGUUCAUCAGCAACGUGCGCACCUUCCUGUGGAUCAAAGUGCAGCAGUACACCGACCGCGUGGUUCAGGUGCGCCUGUUCGCACACCUGCACUCCCUCUCCCUGCGCUGGCACCUCAGCAGGAAGACGGGGGACGUGCUGAGGAGCAUCGACCGUGGCACCUCCUCUAUUAACAGCUUGCUGAGCUAUAUUGUGUUCAGCAUCUUCCCAACCAUUGCCGAUAUUGUCAUUUCCAUCAUUUACUUCAUCACUAAUUUCAAUGCCUGGUUUGGCCUUAUCGUCUUUGUCUGCAUGGCUUUAUACCUCAGUCUGACCAUCAUUAUCACUGAGUGGAGAACCAAAUACAGACGACAAAUGAAUGAGCAGGACAACAAAGCUAAGUCCAAGGCUGUGGACUCCUUGUUAAACUUUGAGACGGUAAAAUACUACAAUGCAGAGAACUAUGAGGUCGGCCGUUUUGAGGAUGCUAUCUUAAAAUAUCAGGUGGCCGAGUGGAAGACAAAUGCGAGCCUGGCCUUUCUCAACCAGACACAGAACAUCAUUAUCGGCUCAGGGCUUCUGGCCGGCUCUCUUCUCUGUGCCUACUUUGUGACAGAGGGAAAAUUCCAGGUUGGAGAUUAUGUUCUGUUUGGUACCUACAUAAUUCAGCUGUACACCCCCCUCAACUGGUUUGGGACAUACUACAGGGCCAUCCAGAGGUCUUUCAUUGACAUGGAAAGCAUGUUUAAAAUAUUUGAAGAACAGGAAGAGGUGAAGGAUGAAGUAAAUGCAGGGAAUCUUCUGUACCAACAGGGAAAAGUGGAGUUUGAGAAUGUUUACUUUAGCUACACAAGUGGCAAGGAGAUUCUUCAGGAUGUUUCCUUCACUGUACUGCCAGGACAGACUGUCGCCUUGGUGGGUCCGUCGGGCUCUGGAAAGAGCACCAUUAUUCGACUGCUCUUCCGUUUCUAUGACGUUCAGGGAGGUUGCAUUCGAAUCGAUGGUCAGGAUAUAUCUAAAGUGAAGCAGACUUCUCUACGAUCUCAUAUCGGAGUCGUCCCCCAAGAUACCGUCCUUUUCAAUGACACCAUCCAAAACAACAUUCGCUACGGCCGCAUCUCUGCUAGCGAUACGGAGGUGGAGGAGGCAGCCAUAGCUGCAGAUAUCCACGACAAAAUAUUGAACUUUCCUGAUGGUUACGAUACGCAGGUGGGUGAAAGAGGCCUGAAGCUGAGUGGAGGAGAGAAGCAGAGGGUGGCCAUCGCCAGAACUAUUCUAAAAGCACCACAGCUCAUCCUGCUGGAUGAGGCCACAUCUGCUCUAGACACACAAACUGAACGCAACAUCCAGGCCUCUUUGACUAAAGUCUGUGCCAAUCGAACAACAGUUGUUGUAGCUCACAGGUUGUCCACCAUAAUCGGAUCAGACCAGAUUCUAGUUAUCAGCAAUGGGCGAAUUGCUGAACGUGGACGACAUGAGGAAUUGUUGCUCAAGGGAGGCCUGUAUGCAGACAUGUGGAUGAAACAACAGCAAGCCCAUGACUCGGACUCCUCCUCAGACACAGAGUCCAAAGAUCGCAAGUCUGAGAAGCUGCAGCCGCCAUCAACGUCUUCAGGUCACCACCAUGGCCACUGAAUGUAAUACAAUCCUUUAUUUUAAACACAUUCUAUGUUUUAAUUUUAAUUCUUUUGUAAAAACAGUACAUAAUUCCAGUGUGAUUUACCUAACAACUGGACAAAUUCUGUUAAUUUUUUUCUUUUUCUUUUUUUCUCCAAAUGAAUGAGAUAAGUUGUAGAAAAAAAGGAAAUUGCUUUAAUAAAUGGAGGUGGUGCAAAGAGGAAGUGCAAAAAAAAUGUCAAAAGUCGCACAAGUAACUACAGAUAAAUCAGACUGAGGUGAGCCAUAAUUAUCUAUAAAACAAAAAGAAACACAUUGGGUUAAAAGCUGAAAAAUAAAAAGUUACCUAGUUAGUACAGUUUUAGAAGCCUUUUUUUGUUCUUUUACGCGCUUCUGGUGUCUGUUUUAUAUUGAUUGUUUGUUUUUUUUUUGUUUUUUUUUAAUAUUAAACCUUCACCAAUCUCUGCGAGGUUUGGAUGUUUGUUUAAAGAAAACCUAUUUUUCCAAUGCAAAGACGUGAAAUGAGGAGUUGCAAGAAAAAGAGAAUAAAUAACACUAAUCACAGCUUUAGCAUUGAAACUUGUUAAAGAGGGCUAUGCUUGUGAUUCUGAGAGAAGAAUAAUGUAACUAUGUGGCUUGUUUACUUUACAAGCUGUCAGGGAUUAUAUUAAGCUUUGUGCUGUUUUGUAUGAUCUUGAUUUCUGAUUUGUCAUUUUUGCUGUUAUUUAUAUUUUUUUAGGUGUUUGUAUAUACUUAUCAUAUUUGAGUGGGACGUAUCGAUUGUCUGAUUUAUAUUUUAAAGCUAUGAAAAUAAAUACAAAACACAGACUGACUGUCUGAUUGGGUACAUGGGUGGGAUGGAACAACUACUACUGUUACUACUUCUAUUAUCUUUGAUUCUGCUGUGUUCAAAGCGUCCACUUGGUAGAAGUAUGCAAUCAUGUUGUGAAAGUAAUUUAUAUUCAUACUUAAAUAAACUCACACUAUUUCUGAACAAUGGUUAA